UGGGAUCAGUCACCCGACCAAACACUGGGGACUCGAGGCCUGCCUCCCAGCUCUCCGCGUGCCCCAGGAGCCGAGUGCUAUGUAGCAUAAAAGGAAAAUAAAUUUCUCUUAUAUAGAAAUGCUUGAGCCAUUGGUAAGGUCGGAUCCUGGGAUAGGGAUGAGUAAAUCUUUUGGCUAGACUGCUGGUAAGACCACCACAUCCAGAGUAUUUAAACCCGUAUGUAUUACCUGCUGGAUAAAGCAUUUUCGGAUUCUUACUCUUCGUCUUGAUCAGUUACAAAGUUGUUUUUGAGUACCUGUGAAGAAAACAGGACAUUUUUUUGAGGAUUUUAUCCUGCCUUUAUUGUCUUUUCUUGAAGUAUUACAAAUCAGGAUGUCUGCACAGUCCGUGGAAGAAGAUUCAAUACUUAUCAUCCCAACUCCAGAUGAAGAGGAAAAAAUUCUCAGAGUGAAGUUGGAAGAGGAUCCUGAUGGUGAAGAGGGAUCAAGCAUCACCUGGAAUCAUCUCCCUGAUCCAGAGGUUUUCCGACAGCGAUUCAGGCAAUUUGGAUACCAGGAUUCACCAGGGCCCCGUGAAGCAGUGAGCCAGCUCCGAGAACUUUGCCGUCUGUGGCUCAGGCCAGAGACGCACACAAAAGAACAGAUCUUGGAACUAGUGGUGCUGGAGCAGUUUGUUGCUAUCCUGCCCAAAGAGCUACAGACUUGGGUUCGAGAGCAUCAUCCAGAGAAUGGAGAAGAAGCAGUGACCGUGCUGGAGGAUUUGGAGAGUGAACUAGAUGACCCUGGACAGCCGGUUUCUCUCCGUCGACGGAAAAGAGAAGUACUAGUAGAGGAGAUAGUAUCUCAAGAAGAUGCUCAGGGAUUGCCAAGUUCUGAGCUUGAUGCUGUGGAGAAUCAGCUCAAGUGGGCAUCCUGGGAACUCCAUUCCUUAAGGCACUGUGAUGAUGAUACUAGGACUGAAAAUGGAGCACUAGCUCCAAAACAGGAAAUUCCUUCAGCAGUAGAAUCUCAUGAAGUUCCUGGUACUCUCAAUAUAGGUGUUCCUCAGAUUUUUAAAUAUGGAGAAACCUGUUUCCCAAAGGGCAGGUUUGAAAGAAAGAGAAAUCCCUCUCGGAAGAAACAACAUAUAUGUGAUGAAUGUGGAAAACACUUCAGUCAAGGCUCGGCUCUUAUUCUCCAUCAAAGAAUCCACAGUGGGGAGAAACCUUAUGGCUGUGUUGAGUGUGGGAAGGCAUUCAGCAGAAGUUCCAUCCUCGUACAACAUCAAAGAGUCCAUACUGGAGAAAAACCUUACAAAUGUCUUGAAUGCGGGAAAGCCUUUAGCCAGAAUUCUGGGCUUAUUAAUCAUCAGAGAAUCCAUACUGGGGAGAAACCUUAUGAAUGUGUUCAGUGUGGGAAAUCCUAUAGUCAAAGCUCAAAUCUUUUUAGGCAUCAGAGAAGACACAAUGCAGAAAAACUUCUGAAUGUUGUGAAAGUUUAAGAAGUCACACAAACACACACACACAAAUCAGCACUCAGGUCUUUUUCUUCAGAAAUGAAGACACAGUUAAAAACAUGAAGUGAUAUAGAAUAGUUUUUUUCCCUAUUGACUGUCAGAAAAUCCACUGGGAAAUACAAAAACGUCUUCAUUCACCAUUAUUAUUUUAUCUUAGAAAAAAAUGGUGUUAUACCUGCCUAAAAACUGAAAUUUUAAACUUAAUUCAGGUGUUAAUGCCUAAUUUCUCCAUGUGAUGUUUAUAUUCUCUAUUUUUUCCAAAUAAUGAACUACCUGAUUGUUUUUCCCUUUCUUUUAAGUUUUAUUUCCUAGACAAAUACCUUAUUUCUAUGUUGAUCAUUGAAAUGUUCUUUGUAAGGAUACAUUCCUUUCUACUUUUAAAGGGUAACAUAGGAACUAUAAAGUCUCAAAACCAUCUUUUUAAAAUAUAUCUUUCUGUUUUACCUAAUUAGAAUAUACAUUUGAGAAAACAGAAGAUAAAGAAUGGCUGAAAGCAUCAAAAUAAAAGGAGCCUUAAGAUCUCAGAUAAGUUAUGGUGAUAAAAUCUCAAAAAAGUGAAUGGAAUGUCUAGGUUGGGAAGAUAUACAAAUACUUUGAUCUCUGCAUUGAAAUGUAGGAAUUUUAAGUAUAGUCCAUCUCCCACAGGAAACUGACAAACUGCUCAUUGUAUCUUAAUUGGGGCCUGUUAACUAAUGAAAAUAUUUUCCCAUUUAUUAUUUAAAAGUAGUUUAAUAAUAAUUGUAGAAGUGUUAAGGUAGAAAUUUUAACACUAAAAAUGGCAGUAUUGAAAGGCAAAUGUAAACACAAGUUAAUGGUCUGACUCAAAAGAUCUAAUUCAUCAUUCUUUUGCCUUCAUCUUUAUUAAAGACAGAUGAUUACCUAAUAGGCAUCAUGUAUCAGGUUUGGUAUUUUUAUUCCUUUGGUACAAAAGGGUUGAACACCAGGCCAAAGCAGCCAUGCAUUUAUUAUUAAAACAUUUUCUACCGACAAGGCACUGUGCUAGGUACUGUAAUCCUACCAUUAAGUUGGUAGGUGUUUCUUCCACUGUAAAUCAUAGGGGAUUUAAUAUAAAGCUGUUUCAUGUAGUUACCCUCUUUCCCCCUGUCAGCAUUCCCAGGAGUGUCACCUCUGAGAUUCCCAGAGCCAUAGUUCUCUUACCAGGGUGUUGUAUUUGGAGGGGGAUGAGGAAUCAGCUCAAAGAGCUAGCCAGCUCUCCAGCAUUCUUCAGAGGUGAGUCCAGGAUACAUUCUUAUCACAGUUUGGAGGUUUAUGAAUCUCUUUUUUAAAAAAAAAAAAAAAUCAAUCUCUAGUAGUGUUGAGGUUGUACCUACAUGUUAAGUUAAAUGGACUGUUCUUUAAAAAUAAACAACUAGGCUAUUAACAACUAGUUUAUUAACUAUCAGAUUGAUUGAACUAUUUUUAAUUUUCAGUCUUAACACAUUUUUUAAAAAUGUAUUAAAGUAAUACAUUGUUAGUAGUAGGAUUAUAUACUCCUUGACUGAGAAUUCCAAGUACUGUGUUUCUACUGCUUAGUGGAAAACUCUAGAAGUUAAAAUAUUGAAUGAGAAAAGGCUUUUUACAGUGGGCAUCAUUGUAUGGAAAGUGAUCCAUGCAAAUCCAAAUAUUUCAUAGUUGCAGAGAUUUGGGUUGUAUUUGGUGCUUGGAUCAAAUUUUAAAAUGGGAAGAUGAUUUGCAUGAGCCUGAUAAAAAGCAUAGUAAUAAAUGCAAGGCCAGCUGGUGGAGAAGUGAGGCAGAAUGGAGCUUGUUUAUAGAUUUUCUGAUAACAAUUAUAAGAAAUGUGCUUUAUAGAUUAAGAUUUAUUGAAGUAUAAAUAUGUAGUAAUGAUAUAAUGUAUUUUUAAGUUAUACAAGAAAAUGUAGGGACUUUUGUUGGGGUCUUUUUUCCUUGUGACUGAGAGGAAACAAGUCAAUGUCCAAUAAAGCUAUAAACUUCCUCUGCUCUGAGAUAAAAUGAUCUUGAGUUGAUUUAUUUAUUUAUAACUUGCUUCUUUCCAAGUACGUUUUAGGUGGCAUAUUUGGAAGACUGCUGGGAUGACAGGAUUCUUGUAUCAGAGUAGGUAAGGAGUGAUGUCUCAGAAGUUGGAUUUUAUGCUUUCUAAGAUCUUAUAUUUGAGGAAGCUUCCCUUUGGUAGAUUUGUCAGAAAUGCCAAAGAUGUUGGGUGUUGUGAGAGCACAGAAAAAGUAGCAUUAUAUUUGGCAAAUCUGUUUUUGUUUUGCCAGCUGAUACCUGUCCAUAGUUCAAAUUCUAAGGCAAGGCAUGUGGGGAAAGCAACUAGAUAAGGAAAAAAAACAGAUGGUGGUACACAGGGAGAGGAUGUGAUGGGAUGUGUGCUCACCAUCUUUGGUUAGGGUUAACUAGACAUUGAUUUAGAAUAGCUCAUUAGUGAUUUAUGGUUUCAUUCAGACAUUUCACUUAUGCCCAUACAGAAAAUCAUAGUAAAUUGGUUGCCAAGCAGUGACCUAACCAGAACAUGUGUUUGGUUAGCAAUGAACUAUUGUGUUAGGGGCUUGUAGUAGCCUUUAGGUACUGGGAGCAUUUGCUAGUUACUGUUAAGUUUUAUAGUUUUCUUGGAGGUUAUGCUCUUUACAUUCAUAGCAGUCGAUACUUGACCAUUUAGCAGUGUCUUACAUUUGUGUCAAAUGAAGGGGAGGUUACACAUAUUGAAAUAAUCUGCAUGCUAAGUAUUGGAUUACCUAUCGCACCUAGAUUUGUAGACUAGGAAAACAAGAUUCAGAGAUACAUGACUUACAUGUUUCCAGUUAAAACUAAAACUCAAAUCUAGUUCUGUGGACUCAAGUACAGAUAGUUUUCACUAUAAGGCUGUUAAAUCUUGGUUGAUAAAUCUUACAUUUUUAUGUUUUUUGGUUAACAAAUGUGAAAACAAGAUGCUCAAUGAUGUUUUUAAAAAAAUUUUUUGUAGUACAGAAAUGUAAAGUUAAAAAGGACAUAUUCUUUCAAAGCCUUCCUCAGAAGUGAUGGUGGUUUGAUUUGUUGUUCUUCCAGAUUUAGGUAUAUACAUAUUUAAGCAAAAAUACUUUAUUUGGUAACACUUGGGGGUUGGGUUGCUGCCUAUAGACACCUAUUAAAGUGCUUUACCAUGGAAUAACUCUUUAACCCUCAGUAACCAUAUGAGGUUGGUACAUAUGCCCAUUUUACAUAUAUUGCACUAAGACUUGCCCCCUCCCUCUACAUUGAUAUAGACAUUUUUUAUAGCUGAAUACUAUUUCAUUGCAUGAAUAUACUCUUAGUUAACCAACCCCACAUUGAUGGAUUAUUAGGUUUUUUAUAAAUAACAGGCAUAGUUAACAUUCUGUACAUACAUAUAUUUUGUUACCUUUGUGGGUAUUUCCGUAAUACAAAUAGCUAGAAGUGUAUUUAUUGGAUCAGGGAAUGCACAUUUGACAUUUUUGAAAAAUCAAAAAGAUUAUACCAGUUUACAACUCCAUUCAGUAGUAAGAAUGACUGUAUGCCUACACUCUUACCAAUGCUGUGUCCUUAAAAUUUUUUGCCUGAUAGGCAAAUGUGGUUUUUAUUUGUUUUAUUUCUUUUCUUUGAUUAACAAGGAGGAACAUCUUUUCAUAUGUUUACUGGGCAUUUUUUUUUUCCUAUUGUGAAUUGCUUUUGCCCAUUUUUUUUUUAAUUAUGAAGGUAUAAAUGACUACCUUCUCAUUAUACAAAACUUAAAAGAUACACAAGUAUAAGAGCAAAGAGACUAUUUUUUUCAGGGCUUCCAGUCAAAUUCCACUUUCAAUAGUUCAAUAUACAUCCUUCUAAUACCCCUUUCUAUAAAUUUCCAUGUGACCAUUCAUAAACACUAGGAUCAUACAUCUGAAAUUCAUUUUUUUAUCUCAGAAAUGACACUGAGGUCUUUAAAUUUCUUUUACAGUUAAAUGGGAUUAAAACUAUGAAAAUACCAUUAUUUAACUAUUUUCUCCUUUUUUCUUCUGCUAUUACAUUGCCAAAGUAAACAUUCAGAUCUUUGUGGAUGUGUUGAAUAAUUCCUUAGGUUGGAGUCCUGUAAGGUAGAUGGUUGGGUUUAAAAGUUUGCGGUCUUACAGGCCCACCUUAGCCUUCCAAAAGGUCUUCAUGAAAACUAAUAUAUUUUCACCAACUGUAUGGAAAGUGCUCCUUUCCCCACAUAGCCUUACCUAUACUUGAUAGUCUUUAAAUGUUGGGCAAAAAAGAAAAAAGAAAGCCCUUUAUUUUGCAUUUCCCUGAUAAAUAGUGAAGUUGGAAUUAUUUUUGUGGUUAUCAGUCAUCUAUAGUUAUACCAUGGAUUGUUCGUUUCUUUUACCUGCUUUCCUAUUGCGUUGUGUGCAUUUGUUUUUAUUUGUUCAUCUUUUUUCCCAUCCUCUAAUAACAACCCUUAUUUAUUGCGGUGAACCCAUUCCCUUGUGGCUUAGGUGAGCACGUGUCCUGGCCUCCUCAGUCCCACAGCUCCCUAGCAGCAGCUGUUAAAAAAUGCUUGUGUAAUUUAAGCCAGGCUAAAGAGAGCCCUCAACAGAACUGCUAAAACUACUGGAAGAAGGCUUCACAGAGAUCUUAGGAACCAAGAACCACUCGAGCCUGAAUUUGUACUAUGUGGAGAAAGCCUAUCUGAGGAGAAACUUGGAGGCCAACUAAAAUGGAAAGAGAACUACUAAGUUCUGAUGUCAUUUUUCUGGAGGCCCUAGAUCCAGCUGUGCCUAAAGCCCUGCCCUACCUCCGGACUUUUUGUGAGCCAAUAAAGUCCCUUUCUUGUUUAAGAUAA